AAGUGAACUGAUCCUGACGGGACCUUCUGGGCCUCGUUCGCUAGGUGGUGGAGUGGAAGCGGUUUCUGCACAGCCUGGGCAGGGUCUGGGGACCUUUGAGGAGGUGGCCGUGCAUUUCUCGGAGGAGGAGUGGGCUCUGCUGGAUCCAGGCCAGAGGACUCUGCACAAAGAAGUCAUGGAGGAGAAUCGUGGGAUCCUGGCCUUUCUGGGUGAUCACAAGGAGAGCAAGAAAAGUGGCCUACACCAGAGAAGGAAAACUGAAACUGAAGAGAAGAGGGAAAACGAAUCCAUUUCUUUUGAAGGAUCAGACGUCUUCGAAACUCCAAUACUAGAAGCACCAAGUAAAAAGAACAUUUAUAAAAGGAAGAAACAGAGUAAAACUCAGAAGAUUCAUUCUAACAAAUAUCAAAGGUUUCAAUGCUCAGUGUGUGAAAAACAAUUCACUUUCAACUCACAACUUAAGUUGCAUAAAAGAAUUCACACUGGGGAGAAGCCCUAUAAAUGCUUAGAAUGCGGGAAGAGCUUUACUCAGAGCACAAACCUUAAGAAGCAUCAAAGAAUUCAAAAUGCGAAGUCCUAUAAGUGCUUAGCGUGCGGAGAAAGCUUUCCUCACAGCACAAACCUUAAGAACCAUCAAAGAAUUCACUCUGGGGAGAAGCCUUUUAAAUGCUUAGAUUGCGGAAAGAGCUUUGCCCUCAGCGCACAGCUUAAGCGGCAUCAAAGAAUUCAUACUGGGGAGAAGCCCCAUAAAUGCUUAGAGUGCGGAAAGAGCUUUGCUCAGAGCAAAGUCCUUCAGCAACAUCAAAGAAUUCACACUGGAGAGAAGCCCUAUAAAUGCUUUGAGUGCGGGAAGAACUUUGCUCAGAGCACAGUCCUUAAGAACCAUCAAAGAAUUCACACUGGGGAGAAGCCCUAUAAAUGUUUAGAGUGCGGGAAGACCUUUGCUCAGGGUGGACAUCUUAAGUUGCAUCAACGAAUUCACACUGGGGAGAAGCCCUAUAAAUGCUUAGAGUGCGGGACGAGCUUUGCUCACAGCACAAGCCUUAAGCUGCAUCAACAAAUUCACACUGGGGAGAAGCCCUAUAAAUGCUUUGAGUGUGGGAAGACCUUUGGUCGCAGCACACGCCUUAAACAGCAUCAAGGAAUUCACACUGGGGAAAAGCCCUAUAAAUGCUUAGAGUGCGGGAAGAGCUUUGCUCACAGCACAAACCUUACUCUGCAUCAAAGAAUUCACACUGGGGAGAAGCCCUAUCAAUGCUUAGAGUGCGGGAAGAGCUUUGCUCACAGCACAAGCCUUAAGCAACAUCAAGGAAUUCACACUGGGGAGAAGCCCUAUAAAUGCUUAGAGUGCGGGAAGAGCUUUGCUCAAAGCGCAAGCCGUAAGCGGCAUCAAAGGAUUCACACUGGGGAGAAGCUGUACAAAUGCUUUGAGUGCGGGAACAGCUUUGCUCAGAGCAAACACCUUAAGCAGCAUCAAGGAAUUCACACCGCAGGGAAGCCCUAUAAAUGCUUUGAGUGCGGGAAGAGCUUUGCUCAGAGCACAGUCCUUAAGAUCCAUCAACGAAUUCACACUGGGGAGAAGCCCUAUAAAUGUUUAGAGUGCGGAAAGAACUUUGCUCGGAGCGCACACCUUAAGCAGCAUCAAAGAAUUCACACUGGGGAGAGGCCUUAUAAAUGCUUGGAGUGCAGAAAGAGCUUUACUUGCAGCACAAGCCUUAAGCGGCAUCAAAGAAUUCACACUAGGGAGAAGCCCUAUAAAUGCUUAGUGUAGCAUAUAUAUAGCAUCAUAAAACAUAUUUACUUGUUCGGUGAAAAGAAGCC